AUGUUGAACAACAACCGAGAUUCAUCCGUGUCGGGAAACAACAAACAUGUUUCUUCUUCUCUUCAACACCAAAAUCAUCAUCAAUCAGAGAAAACGACCUUCUCCUAUAGCCAUGUUUUGGUGGUCCUUGAGAAGGAGUUUCCUGCAUUGAAGGAAGAGGUGAAUUCGUUCAAAAAGAAGAUAGCUAACUCAUCGGACACGGAUCCAUACAUCAUCAAAAGUAUCCAAACUUUUUUAAUAUCUCUAUUUAUUAAACCCAACUAUACAUAUACUGUUGCGAGAGUGUGCAAACCAAUUUUGCCCCUUUUGGUUGCUCAAAUCAUGGAAAAGUUGUACAAAUCAGUUGAAAAAAGCAGCACUACUAAUAAUUCAUCAGAACAUUACGACACAAUUAAUGCAGUGAGCAAAAUACUGCCUUUAUACCCUCAAUUUAAAACUUUUAUCAAACAAUAUUUCAAGAAUAGACCUUCACUCAUAGAGUCUAUUGUCAACAACAAUCUAGAAGAUAAGAUUGAGCAACAGAAACUUUUGACACUUUUAGAAAUUACGUAUCGUUUAUUAAUUUGUGCACCAGCCGAUUUUUGUAAACUUUGGAAUUGGGCACCGUUUUUCUCACUGCUAAAGCACAAAAAUAAGGAAAUUCGAUCAAUGACAUCUAAAUGUGUUUCGAUACUGCUAGAGCUUGAUGACACAUUUUUCAAUUCAAAAUUUGAAAAUCUUCAAGAAUAUGUCUUGCAAGAAAUUGAAUCAGAAGAAAAGAUGCAUCUUGAAAAUACUCUUUCGUUCUAUGACGACACUGAAACAUCAAACAUGGAGACUAUAUCAUCAGAUUCCAGAGAAAAGCUUGUAAUUUCUCACAAGAGUGAAACCAUGGUUAAUGUUUGUGGAGUAUGGCUUCACAAAAACCUUAGAGAAGUUCACUCCUCACAACAAAAUAUCUCGUCAGAUAAGACAAAACUCAUAUUCACCAACACAGCAUUCGACAAUAUGCGCUCUCUUGCUCUGGCGGUUUCUCAAGAAAAACCAGUACUUGUAGAAGGAAUUAUCGGUUCUGGUAAAACUGUUUUUGUUGAAGAGUUGGCAAGAAUUACGGGAAACACUGAUCUCAUCAAAGUGAAUUUGGAUGAAUCAUUCGAUAGCAAGGACCUGUUGGGUACUUAUGUUUGCACAGAUGUUCCUGGAGAAUUUAGAUGGCAGCCAGGUGCCCUUACAAAAGCUGUUCUUGAAGGUAGAUGGAUUCUCAUUGAAGAUAUUGAUUUAGCUCCUUUUGAUAUCAUAUCUUCCAUUAUUUCACUUGUGGAAUCAGGAAAUUUAUUCCUUCCAUCAAGAGAUGAAGUGAUACCUGCUGCUACUGGAUUCCAACUUUUUGCUACACAAAGUUUAAUGGAAUCGUUAUCGGGAAUGGCUACUCGACAACGUGUGUUGCCCAUGUCAAAUUUAUGGACAAAGGUGAUGAUUAACAAAUUGCCAUCGAAAGAAAUUGAACAUAUUCUCAAGUCCAAAUUUAAAUCCAUCCAGCAGCUUGUUCCUAAAUUCAUUGAAACAUAUGAUGCUCUGAGAGGAGUCAAUCUUUCUUCUUUUUCAGACAGCACUGAUGGAGAACAAAAGCAACAAGCAAGCAGUACUAAGGAAUCGACACAACUCAAAAGCUUUGGAAGGCUAUUUUCAUUCAGGGAUUUAUUGAAAUGGUGCGAACGAGUGCAACGAUUUUAUGGUCACAAGAUUCAAAAGAAUGAAAAUUAUGUGCUAAGCCAAAUUAAGAGAGAUAUUUUCCACGAAGCCAUCGAUGUGUUUUGUGGAAUGAUUGCAAAGAAGGACAUUUAUGACUCUGUUGUACAUACAUUAGCUCUAGUUUGGGAAAUUUACAAUUUUGAAGAUUAUUUGAGGACCUACAAACCCCAAUUACAGGAGGAACGAGGGGUUGUGACUGUAGGUAGAGUAACACUCGAGAGAGAUGAAAAGAACUUGGGAGAAUUGUUACACAAAGGAAGUACUUUUGCUCACACUAAACAAAGCUUGAAAAUGAUGGAAAGAAUUGGAGCUUGUAUCAAGAUGAAUGAGCCAGUGUUGUUAACAGGUGAGACUGGUGUUGGUAAAACAACAGCUGUUCAAUAUUUGGCAACUUUGAUGGGUAAAAAGCUUCUUGUACAUAACUUGAAUCAGCAAACAGAUAGUGCUGACUUUAUUGGAGGGUACAAACCUGUAGAUUUGAAAAUUCUUGCUGCUUCUGUGAAAAGUAAUUUUGAGCAAUUAUUUUCCGUUACCUUUCCCUCAAAAGAGAAUGAAAGCACUUUGAAUAAGGUCAGAGAUUUGUACUCUAAAAAGAACUGGGUUCAAUUUGUAAUGCUCCUCAACAAGAUCAUUGAAUUGGCAGAACAAAAGCUGAAUAAGAUGGAAGAUGACUCGACUGAAAAGACAGAACCAUCCGAAGAAUCGUCAAAGAAGCGAAAAAAGUCACAAGCUGCCUCUUCAUCAAAUUCUGGAACCAAGAAGCAAAAAACGGAGAAAACAUUCACGUUGAAACAAUACUGGGCUAAAUUUAAGGAAAGCGUUGAUCGGUUUAAUCAUCAACAAAUACUAGUUCAAAAUAGUUUUGCAUUCUCUUUUGUGGAGGGUACGCUCGUAAAGGCAUUGAAAGAGGGACACUGGAUUUUGCUCGACGAAAUUAACUUGGCUUCUACUGAAACCUUGGAACGUCUUUCCAGUUUGUUGGAAGGAGAGGAAGGUACUCUUUUCAUCACUGAGAAGGGAGACACAGAACCAAUUAAGAGACAUCCCAACUUUAGAAUCUUUGCUUGCAUGAAUCCUCCAACAGAUAUUGGCAAGAAAAACUUACCGCCUGGAUUACGAAAUAGAUUCUCUGAAUUCUAUGUUCAUGAAUUGACUGAUAAGGAUGAUUUGAAAAUUGUUGUGUCGAGAUACCUCGCAAACAUUCCUCAUCCACCUGUUGACGAUAUUGUGAAUUUCUAUUUGGACGUCAGAAAGAGAUCAGAGGCAGAGUUAUCUGAUGGAGCCUCUCAAAGACCACACUACAGUUUGCGUACCUUAACACGAAGUUUGGAUUAUACAGUGAUGGUUCUUAAAGAUUAUGGUCUUGAAAGAGCACUCUAUGAAGGAUUCUCAAUGGGGUUCUUAACCUUAUUGAGUGCCUCUUGUUGCUCGACUGUGGAAAAACUCAUUCGAAGCACCUUCUUUAAGAACAAGAAUGUUGAUAAUUCUCUCAAUCAAGCACCAGCCAAACCAACAAGUGGUGACUUUGUCUUGUUCAAACAUUUCUGGCUUCAACAAGGUCAAUUCAAACCUGAACAACCCUCCGAUUUUAUCAUUACAGAGUCCGUUGAAGAAAAUUUGAAAAAUCUUGCGAGAGCCAUCAAGACUAACAAAUAUCCUGUGUUGCUACAAGGACCAACCUCGGCUGGUAAGACUAGUAUGGUUCAAUAUCUCGCCAAAGUUACAGGACACAAGUUUGUGAGAAUUAACAAUCACGAAAGUACCGAUCUUCAAGAAUAUUUUGGUACCUACAUUACCAAUGCACAAGGUAAAUUGGUUUUCCAAGAAGGUAUUCUUGUAGAAGCCGUUCGAAAUGGUUAUUGGCUAGUGUUAGACGAAUUGAAUUUAGCUCCUUCUGAUAUUCUUGAAGCUCUCAACCGAUUGUUAGACGACAAUCGAGAAUUGUUCAUACCAGAGACACAAGAAACGGUCAAACCUCAUCCUCAUUUCCAAUUAUUUGCAACUCAAAACCCACCUGGAUUGUAUGGUGGUAGAAAGGUGUUAUCUCGUGCCUUCAGAAAUAGAUUUUUGGAGCUGCAUGUCGAUGAAAUUCCAAGACCAGAAUUAAUUACAAUUCUUCACAAGAGAUGUCAAAUUUCUAAUCAACAUGCUACCAAGCUAGUCAAUGUCAUGAGAGAACUCCAACAAAGAAGACAGAGUAGUAAGAUCUUUGCUGGUAAAAGCAACAUUACUCCAAGAGAUUUAUUCAGAUGGGCCGAACGUAUGAAUGGAGCUGUAGACAAUAUUAACUACAAUCAAAAUGCUGCAGAGGAAGGUUACAUGCUUUUGGCUGAGAGACUUCGAAGAGAUGAAGAGAAACAAAUUGUGCAAGAAAUUUUAGAAAAAGUAUUCAAGACAAAGAUUGAUCUGGAAGCCAUGUACAAUCCAAAAGAAUUGCAAGAUGUCUCUGUUGCAGGAAGCAAUAUUGUUUGGACCAAGACCAUGAAGAGAAUGUAUGUCCUGGUUGGAAAGUGUCUCAAGUUCAAAGAGCCAGCAUUAUUAGUCGGUGAUACGGGUACAGGUAAAACAACCGUGUGUCAAAUCUAUGCUGAUAUUUAUGAAAGACAUUUGAGAAUUCUCAACUGCCAUCAACAUACUGAGACGAGUGACAUUCUUGGUUCUCUACGACCUGUAAGAGGUAGAGAAAAACUCAAAGCAGAACUUGAACAAAUGAUUCAAGACUUUAUCAAUGUUGCUCAUACCAAAUUUUCUCUGGACAUCAAUUUUGGCAAUGAGACAAAUAUCAGCAAGAAGGUUAAGAGACUUGAAGACAUUUGUAAAAAACUUGCUAAGGAAAGAAAACAAGUUGAGCCUCAAAAGAAGAAGCAAAAGAAUGACUUCAAAGAAAAGGAGCUUUUAGAAAAGCAAUUAAUAAUCAGAGAAACCUAUCAAAAGUGGAAAGCUCUUUUCACUUGGUAUGAUGGUCCUCUUGUUCAAGCCAUGAAGAGUGGCGAUAUUUUCCUCAUUGAUGAAAUUUCACUUGCUGAGGAUGCUGUUUUGGAACGUCUGAACAGUGUUUUGGAGCCUUCACGAGAAUUAACUCUUCCUGAGAGAGGUUCCGAAAAAGUUGAACAUAUUGUUGCGAAUGAGAAUUUCAGAAUUUUGGCUACAAUGAAUCCUGGUGGUGAUUUUGGUAAACGAGAAUUAUCACCUGCUCUCCGAAAUCGUUUUACUGAAAUUUAUGUUCCAAGUUUAUCAGUUUCUGAGGAUUUGGCCAUUAUUGUCGCCAGUAGACUCCAUGCAAGCAUCAAGUCUUUCAAUAUUCGGAUGGUUGAAUUUGUUCAAUUCUUUAGAUCCAAACGUACCAAACGUCUAUUGAGUGUGAGAGACGUGAUAUCUUGGGUGGAUUUCAUGAAUAUGUCAGUUACAAAGCUAGAUAUGGACACGUAUGGAGCCUAUUUGCAUGGUGUGGAUACAGUCAUUUUGGAAAGUAUUGGUGUUGGUACCGAUGCCUCAGCCCGUAAUCGACAAGUCUUACGAACGGAAUGUUUCAAUUUCUUACUAGACAAGUUGGAACAUGAGAAGGUUCUCUCGAGUGAGCAAUUCAGCUACUACAAGGAUGUUUUCCUUAAUGAGAAUUAUACAGCCAUUAGAUCUACCAAGACGAAAGAAAGCGCCGACUACUUUGGAUAUCAUCCAUUCUUUAUCAAGUGUGGUCCUAACAUGGAACGAAAAAUUGUCUAUGCAUUGGAUGCACCUACGACAGGUAGAAAUGUCAUGAAAGUGUUGCGAGCUAUGCAACUCAAAAAACCCCUACUGCUCGAAGGUAGUCCUGGAGUUGGUAAAACAAGUCUCAUCUCUGCCAUUGCUAAAGCCUCUGGACACAAUAUUGUUCGAAUUAACCUCAGUGAGCAAACCGAUAUGAUGGAUUUGCUUGGAACGGAUUUACCUGUGGAGGGAAGUUCAGGAGGUCAAUUCCGUUGGUGUGAUGGUAUUUUCCUGAGAGCACUUCGAAAUGGUGAUUGGGUAUUGUUGGAUGAGUUGAAUUUGGCUUCUCAAUCGGUUCUAGAAGGUUUGAACUCUAUUUUGGAUCAUCGUGCUGAAAUUUACAUUCCUGAGAUUAAUGAAGUUGUCAAAUGCCCAGAAGGAUUCAGAAUUUUUGCAUGCCAAAAUCCUCUCCAGCAAGGAGGUGGAAGAAAAGGUCUACCAAAAUCGUUCCUCAAUCGUUUCACUCAAGUGUAUGUGGAUGAAUUGCGACCUGAAGAUUUGACAUUUAUUCUUCGUUCUAUUCAUGAUGAUAUUGGUGAGGACAAUAUCAAGCUCAUGAUUGACUUUAACAGAAGAAUGCACAAGGAAACAAUGGAACUAUACCGAUUUGGUAGAAAAGGAAGCCCUUGGGAAUUCAACUUGAGAGAUGUUUUCAGAUGGUGUGAACUCUUGAAGAAAGAGCAAGAGCUUAACAAGAAGAACAAUGAAUCAUUCAAGUAUGAUCCAAUGAGAUUCGUUGAUUGCAUGUAUCGUCAAAGAAUGAGAACUCGAGAGGAUCGUCAAUAUGUUGAAAAGAUAUUUACAGAACUUUCUGGAAAAGAAUUCCCAUCAGAAACCUAUCCCACUUAUACUCUUUCUCCAGACGCUAUACAAAUUGGUUCUUCUAUUUUGCUGAAGAACAAUUCAUUUGAUGACAGUGAUAAGGACAAUCAUGCCCCAAGUACUACAACCUCAAAGGACUUGAUCUUACUACAAUCAUUCUUGAACCCUCUUGAGAAUAUUAUGAAGUGUAUUGAGAUGAACUAUUUAACGAUCAUUAAUGGACCUUCUGCAUGUGGUAAAUCCUCAAUUGUCAGACUCAUUGCACAAAUGACUGGUAACAAGUUGAAUGAAUUCUCAAUGAGCAGUUCAACGGAUACUGUCGAAUUGUUGGGAGGAUUUGAACAAGUAGAUCCCAUCCAAAAGGUUAAAAAGGUUGCGACUGCUAUCAAACUCAAGAUUGAUGAACUUGCAAGAAUCUCAUUCUUGAAUGAUGAGAAACGAAACUUUGAUGCUGUAAAGCAACUUUAUAAUCAAUGGACAGCCUAUGAAGCAACCUCUAAACAGGAUUCCACAUUCUCAGGAAUUGAUCAACUCAAGAAAAAUUUAAGCAAAUUGCUAGAGAUGGGUGUGAAGGGAAGAUUUGAAUGGAAUGAUGGUGUGUUGAUUCGAUCGUUGGAAGCAGGUAAUUGGCUUCUUAUUGACAAUGUUAAUUUUUGCAAUCCAACCGUUUUGGAUAGAUUGAACUCAUUAUUUGAACCCGAUGGUGUGCUUGUUGUCAAUGAAAGAGGACUUGUGGAUGGUGAGAUUCGUAUUGUCAAACCUCAUCCUCACUUUAGAAUCUUUAUGGUAAUGGAUCCAAAGUAUGGAGAAAUUUCUAGAGCCAUGAGAAAUAGAGGAUUGGAGAUUGCCAUGUUUCCAAUUGCAAUUCCAUCCCAAGAUGCGUUCACAUUGUUGGCAAAUCAUGGAAUACCCUCUUCACAUUUAUGUAAUGUCAUGAUGGAUUACCAUGCACGAUUCACUUCAAAGAUCUUCCUUCCUGAAGAAGAUCGACCAACCGUUCGUGACUUGUUAAGAUGUGCUGAAGUAUUCAACUCUGAAGUGAAACAAGGUCUUAAUAUUACCAACGCGUUUAGAGCAGCAGCUUCUAGCGUAUACAUUAGAAGUAGAUGCUCUGCUAAAGCUGCAAAAGAAAUUGCUGAAAGAGAGUUGGAAGAAUGCAUUCUUGUAUUGCCAAGAAAUGAUCCUAGCUUCCCAUCGACAUUUGUUGCUUGCAAUGCUUUCAAGUGUGAUAAAUCAGUCUUUAGAAAUGUGUUUAGACAAGCAGCACGACUGUACGACAUGAUCAGAACCUAUUUGAGUACAUGUAUGACUGAAAAGGUGGAUCAAAACGAUAGUACAAAGAGCAUUCUUGAUGGUUUGCAAUGGAAGAUUUUAAUGGCCGACCUACCACCUCAGUUCUUACAAUCAAACGACAUCCAACGAACGAUCGCAAGUACAAUUAUGGACACAUCCGAACGAUCUAUUUCUAAUCUAGUCAAUGACAUGCAAUAUGCACUUGAAUACUUUAUUGAUGUGAGCUCUCUCAAGGAUAUUGAUAUUAGAUCCAUAUGGUUACAAAGAAUUCACAAACUUUGUAAAUCUGACAAAAUUCUCGAUGAAUUGCUCACAAAAGGAUUGGAGCUUCUCAACAAGCACAAGAACAGCGACUUCUCCAAGAAGAUUCAAAAAGUGUUCAAAGAUAUCUCUUUGGCUGUUACUAGCAAGUAUGCAGAUAUCAUUGCUUCUCAACCUCUGAAUUUAAAGUAUAGCCAACAAUUAUACUCUCGUCUUGUCUACUUGGGACUUGUUACUGAUGAAGAUAAUCAUUUAUUUGAGGCUGCAAGUUUGUUAACCUCUCAACAAAAACGAAAGUACGAAGAAGAGCAAGCAAUAGCUGGAGAGUUUACGGGUUCUAUUGUGGAGAACAAGUCCUCACUGCUUCAUCUUUCAUACUAUUAUCACAUUAAUCCAAAGUAUAGAGGAUCAGCUCCAAACAGAGUUGUAGUUCAUCUCUACACUCUUUUCACUCAAAUUGAUGGGUUUAUGAACAGCAUGAUGAAUGCGUCUAUUGAAGACUCGGUGUGUGAUUUGAAUGAAGUCAGAGCUCUGUUGAGAUGUCGAGACAAAUUGUGGUUCUAUCUUUCUCAUACUGUAGAGCUAACUGAAGAAUUCUUUAUUUAUUGGAAUUGGUUGGCCAAAGAAUUCCUAAAAUUGAAAGUGAAAAAACCCAAGCUCAAAAAACCAUCCAAGAAGAACACUGAAUCUCCUUACGAGCUUUACGAACAAUUAUGUACAUUUAUGGGUGAAAUUGAUAGUUUAGUCAUUAAUAACUUCAAUAGCGCAGGAAAGAAGAAUACCCUGUACAAAAAUUGUGGAAAGCCAACUAUUUCUGUUUCUCAAGAAUUGAAGCAACUGGAAGAUGUGAUUCAACAAUUUUUGACAUCCACAUCAGCACACACAGAAAGUCGAGAACUCAAAGAACUCCUUUUCAAAGCAAUGAGCACUGUAAAAUUACUGCAACAAAAUCCUCAACAUCCAGACUAUGACAAAUUGUUGCACUAUGUGAGAAGUGUUCCAACUCUUCUUGAGAAAUCAAAGCCAAAGGAGCAAGAACUUUCUGAAGAUAUUCAUACUCCUUACAAAGAAUUGAGUAACAAGUCUGAGCAAGAGCUUGUGAUGGAUGCUAUUUUCCAUGACAUUGCUGAAUUCACUGCUCCAGAUAAGAAACGUGUUAAUGCUGCCUCACUGCAUUCGACAAAGGCGAUCUCUCCACUUUUUGAUUACAAGAGUAUGCACAAGGAAAUGAAUGUCAUUAUGUUAUUCUCAAAGAUUGGAUAUCUUUGUAAGAGAUUGGAUGCUUCUACAGAUGUCACAGAGGUCAAGCGACUGUUGAACUCUGUUGUGUUCCAGUCAAGACAUCUAGUUGACUUCAUUUUGGAGAAUUGUUCUCGUGGACCAUUUGAUAUGGUUCCUUAUCAAAUGUUGUUAUGGAAAGCAGGAAAUUUGGAUGCUCUUUCAAUGGAAGAAUUGAAGCAAUUUGCAUCUUCCAUUCCUGCAUUGCUGCAUUAUGUUUAUAUUUAUUGGAACGAGAGAGUGUGGAAUAACACGUAUAACAAUUCAAUGUUUGAUGUGUCCAAAUCUGAUGAAAGUCUGACACGAGAUGAUUUGAUUGGACCAAAUAGAUUAUUCCAAGACGUAAACUCUGUUCAUAUCUUGAAGCUGUUGAGUGGAUGGGAAAACAUUCCAAUCAGAUCUAGACAUAUCAAGAUUGAUCAACUGAAGAAGGUCAUUCAAUUUAUUUGCACCAAUGUAGACAAUGUCCAAGCUGAGGAAAUUGAUUGGUCCAAUCUCACUUACUUGUACUGUGACACUUUGUUGAGCUUCAAGAAGACCUUGACGUCUCAAGCACUUGCAGAACUGAUAGAACUCACAGACUCGUUAUGCACAACAAAGGACAUCAAUGUUAAAAGCUUGGAAACUAUUCUUGAAAGUUCAAAUGAUUCCAGACUCAAACACAAGAAGAAUGAUGUUAUUUCUAUUUGCAAGCUUAUUUGCAUCAAAGAGUCAGACAAAAAUAAGGAUCUUGUUAAUCGUGGUUUGGCAUGGCUCAAAUUGGGCGAACUUCGUAUGUCAUUGUUUAUUCCUGCCAAUGCCUUGGAUCCAACUCUCAAAUAUGCAAUUUAUGACAAACAUUUGAAGGAAGAUGUGGACAUGCUGAAUAACAAGCUUCAAGUAAUCACUUCCAUUGAAAAAUUCAUUACUGGAAGCGAUAACAGCUUCAUCACAAGCAAGAUUGAACAAGAUUUGUCUCACAUUCAAGUCAUGAUGGACAAAAUCACUCCAAAGGUCAUUCACAGACCAUCCACAAUUUCUUUCAUUGACUUGUAUCGCGAAAUGAAGACUCUAGUCGAUCAACAAGAAGUCUUACGAACUCUCUCCAAUAACUUGUUGAAAUAUUUCGAAAGAAGCAAUGACAGUAGCAACACUGAAGAAAACGAACAAGUCGAACUAAUCACCAAAGAAGAUUCCUAUCAAUCCAAUACUCAAAGUUUAAUCAAGACUAAGAUUUUGAAGAAUGAAUUUGGCUUUGAAGAUUUGGCAAUUCCAUUUGCUUCAUGUGCCUACCAUAUCAAGUAUGGCUUGAGAUUGUUGUGUUACGGAUCUCUUGCACAGAAAGACAAGACUGAACAAAAUACUGUGAAUCAAAUUCUGAAUCAUUUGCUUUCCUUCCCUUCAUGUAACUCGGUGCAGACCAUUGAAUCGGACUUGGAAGUUGUUCGUAAAUGGUUAAAAUCCAUUGAGAACUCUCCAACUGUACAUCUCAAAUGCAAGCAAUAUGAAACAGCAACCAAAGUACUUCGUGUCCUCAUGUCUAGAUGUCUGUUAAUUACUGUUUCUCAAACCUCAAGUCAAGAGAAAACCAUUGAAAAUCUUACAUUAUUGAAUCAAGUGUUCUCCAUGUAUUCAAACGUAUUUGAAACUGUGGAAGAUGAAUUAGAAAAGAAAAAGCAAGAAGAGGACAGUUUCUAUAAAUUCCGAGAGAAGAAGACGGUCAUUGAAACGGAUGAAGAGAUAUUAGAGGAAGAAAUGGAAUCCAUGUUCCCAACCUAUGCCGAAGAUUAUUCGGUCUUUGUUGAAAAGCCAGAACAACACGCGUUGAAACAAAAUCUUGGUGAAAAGAGAGAAUCCUUAAACUCUGAAAUGUCACUGUUAGAAAAAGUGAAUAAGGUCAUUCAUGACGAGAAGGAGAUUGAUUAUCUCGUUGAAACACACAAAGACAUUUUCAGUUUUAUUUCAUUGAGCGGAGCUGCUUUGAACCGUAAUGGAAGACCCGUUCAAGUAAUUGAGAAUAUUAGAAACAAAAUGUUUGAUGAGUCUUUCAAUGUAGCUGUUCAUAUCAUUAACACCUUGAAUGGAAAGUAUCAAAUUGAUAUGAAAUCUUCAGGCUAUUUACCUUUGGUGUUGUUUGGAAGUCGAGCUCUCAACAAUUUAUGGGUCAAAGUAGAUCAUUCAAAGGAAGCCAAGUUAAAAGCAUACAGCGAAGUGUAUACCGAUCCAAAUAUUCCAGAAAUAACUCUAGCUUUUAGUACUCUUUUCAGCAUGCUUCAACGAUUGAACUUCCUCAUUAAGAAAUAUAGCACUGAGGAGCAGAAGGGACAUCCAGUGCUCGUAGAGAUGGUUAAAAUUAUUGAACAUAUUUUGAACCAACCUAUUACUAGUCCUAUUAUUAAGAUUUUGACUGGAUUAGAAUUGCUUUUGAUUAAGGCAGGAGAAUGGGAAGAAUAUCUCACUGCACACGUCAACUCAUUGAAGGAAGAAAUUAGAAAGCUUUCAGCUCUCAUUGUUCGAUGGAGAAGAAUGGAGUUGGAAAAUUGGAAGGGAAUUUAUGACUUGAAGACAAGAGAAUAUAAGAACAAAUCCAUCAAUUGGUGGUUCAGAUUCUACACUUUGAUUUGUAAUAGCGAUUUCAAUCAAGUAGAUAUCAACAAGACCAUUGAAGAGUUCUUCAGUAUUUGUGACGAUUUUAUUAGAACAUCUACUAUUGGUGAUUUCGAAUAUCGUCUCGGUUUGCUCAACAACUUUAAUCAACAUUUGACGGCUGAAAUUGAGAGAAAGUACUGUGAGGACAUUGAAACUAGAACCAAGAUUAGAGAUAUUAUUCACAACAUGUACAGAUAUUACUCUCAAUUCAUUCCAAAACUCAUGGAGAGACUGGAACAAGAGAAGAAACCACUCGAAGAAAAACUGCGAGAUUUCAUUACAUUGACCAAGUGGGAAGAUGUCAACAUUGAUGCCAUUCGAUUCACAACCAAGAAGUCGAGAAGAGCUCUUGCCAAAUUCUCAAAAGGUUUUGGUGAAGUUUUGGUGAAACAAGCAAGAGACUUGUGGGAUAAGUAUGAUGAACUCGCUGCGGCCACUGAAACUCUACAAGUCAAGGACAAGAAAACAAAGAAAAAGUCUAAAAAGAAGCAACUCAAUGACUCUGUUGAACCUAAUGACGUGAUUCAAAGAUAUUUAAACAAGACCAAGAGUGUCGUUCACUCUGAUGAAGCCAUCAAGAAUUUGGUUUCCUUCACAAAGAAGGACAAGCAAUUGAUGAAGACUAUUGAGACUGAAUUCCUUGACGAGUCCACAUCAAAGAAUAUGAUUGAUCGUCUACCAGUGAUACAUGAUUUGGUUGGUAAGAACUUUGUGAGUCAUGUCCUCAAGACCUCUCUUUCUAAAGAGUAUGAUGCAGUGGUGAACAAUAUUGAAGAUUUGAGUACAGAAAUUAUUGAACAAACUCAAUCGUUGAAUAAGGAGAAUUCAUCAAAAAGUAUGAAAUUGAGAGCACUCGUCUCACUCUUAACCGAGCUCAAAGAAAUGGGAGUGUCUUAUCUCAAGAAGGGAGUUGCAACAGAAACCACUAUGGACAAGGUUUUCCUGAUUCCAUCGGUCUCCCUUACUCUUUCUUUUGAUUCAAAGGAUGUGAAGGAUGAAUUCAAUAAGGCUGAUGAAUAUUUCUACAAGAAUAUUUUUAGUAUUCAAAACUUUAGAGUCGCCUAUGAAGGAGAGUUAGCAGAAGAUAUCAAGAGUCAAAAGACAAAGAUGAGAGGUUAUCCUGACAACUUGUUCUUCUUAACUCUCAAACAUAGAAGAUAUUUGAGUCAAAUUGAGGAUUGCCAAAAAUCUAACAAAUCACUCUAUUCUACUUUGGACCAUGUGAGACAAUCCAUUGAAUCCUCCAAUGGCCAGCAUGUAUUAAUUUCACAAGGUAGCUCAGAAAAAGCAGUUGCUACUCAAGCAGACUAUGUAUUCAAAUUGUACGAGUUGAUUUAUCAAAUUCAUUCUCUCUACACUGCUCUCUCAAAGCAUGACGAUCAAUAUAACAAACCUCUCAAGACCCUGAAUGAAGCCAAGCAAUUAAUUGAUCGGGCAAUGGAUACAGUAGCUUCUGUGAUGAACAGGACUAGGAUUUUCAGUUCCACAGAUUUGAAAGAGCUCUCAGAAAAUCUCACAACGUUGGACAAGGUCAAAACUGUUUUGAGUGCCUUCAUCGAGGAAACCUCCACUCUCCCCAAGUCACCCGAAUUGAAUCAUUUACUUUUGGAAUUUGAUUCUGUAAAAUCUGUGUUUGAGAUGGCCACUUGUAACGAGUCAUCACAACAACCAAGUCAAGACAUGUCUAUUGUGAAAGAGUUUGCCAACAAGUACAAACAUGCUGUCAAGUUCAUUCAAUUGAUCACUCAAGACUUAAUCAAGGCAAGCGCUGAGGAACAAGCCAAAUAUGAGGAAGUAGUCAAAACAGCCACAGAAGAGCACACAAAAGAAGAAGAUCAAGACGCCACCAAUUUCUCCCUAUCAUUCUUGAGCAAGAAUAAUUCCAUUGCCAGAUUGGAGGAGCAUAUUGAGAAGUGUUGUCAAGCCAUCACCAAUGGAAUGACCAAGAUUAACAAUGACCUCCAAGAGAUGAUUCACACGAUCACCACCUACAGUAAGCGAGAGGAUCGAAAUCCAUCCAUUGUCAAUAGCUUGAGUGAAAUACUCGGUAACCUUACUCCUCUGUUGCACCGUCUGGAUAUUAUUGUCGAUACGAUCAAAGUCCCAAUGGUUUAUUACCAUAAGAGCAUAUCCAAAUUGACAUUUAUUUUACUCAAUAUCUUUACUACUCUAUUCAAACAAGGUUUUUGUGGUAAAGAUGACGAAACUGAGGGUGAAGGACAAUCGGAUGGCGUAGAGUUUAGCUCUGGUACUGGUAUGGAUGAUGGAGAAGGUAUCAAUGAUGUGAGUGAUCAAAUUGAUAAUGAGGAUCAACUACUCAAUGAGAAAGACAAGAAACAGCAAGAUGGCAACAAGGACUUGGAACAGAAUGAAAACGCCAUUGAAAUGGAAGGUGACUUUGAAGCAGAAAAAGAUGAAAUGGAUGAACAAGAAGAGGAUGAUGAUGAAGACAACAAUAAUGAAGACGAUGAAAACAAAGAAAUGGGUGAGAUUGAUGAAGAUGAUCCCAAUAAAGAACAGCUCGAUGACAAGUUGUGGGAUGAGAAUGAAAAAGAUCGAGAUGAUAAGACUGAGGAAGGCAGUGACAAGUCUGAAAAACCUCAACAACAAGAUUCAGAGCUUAAAGCACAAGAAGAAGAAACAGACGAUCAAGGUCUUGAUACCAAACAAGACAAGCAAAAGAAAGAUGAUAAACCCAUGGAAUAUGAAGAUGAUGAAGAGGCAGUUGAGCAAGAAGAGUUUGAAGAUAACAUGGACGAUAAGUUUGGCGAUGAACUCAAAGAUGACCAUGAGCAAGAAGAUGGCGAAGAUGCUGACCAUCAAGAUAAGAAUGAUCAAAUGCAACUCGAUGAUUUAGAAAUCUCUGAAGAUGAACAGGAAAACAAUGAAGAACCUGAGGAUAACAAGGAGCAAGAUGGAGAAGGUGACGAUGACCAUGAUGAAAACCAACAGGAUGGAGAUGAAAUGGAUGAAGAUCUCAAAAAGAAGAAAGACGAGGAAAUUGAUGAACAAGUCGACACUGAAGAUAUUGCUCCUGAAGAUCAAAAUAUUUCUGGUCAAGAUGAAGAGGAUCAAGACGCCAUUGAUCCAACUCUUGAAUCUGAAAAUAAGAAAGAAAAAGACGAGGAAGGCGAAAAAGAUGAGGAAGGUGAAAAAGAGAAUGAGGAAGAAGACAAUGAAAAGGCUCACGCCGCCGAAGAAGAAGCAGAUAAUGCCGAUCUCAAAGAAACACCCUUCGGUGUCAAGCAAACCGCAGGUAAAGCUUCUGAAAUUCAAGAUGACUCUGCAGAAGAUAAACAAGAACGACAAGAAAAGAAAAACAACAAUGCAGAGGAAAGUGGUAAAGAUACCAACAAGAACGAAAUGGGAGAGAGCAUGGAUCAAGGUACUAAUGAUAAUGCUCAACAGGAGCCAGAAGCUGGUCAAAUGCAAAUGGAUCCAAACCCUCUCAGAAGUUUAGGAGAUGCAAUGAAAAAUUGGAAGAAGAAACUCAAUCUCGUCGAAAGAAACAAACAGGAGGAAAAGGAAAAGAAGAAGGAAGAUAGUGAAAAGAGUGAGGCCUUUGAAUUUGUAGAAGAGAAUGAUGCAGAUAAGGAUGAACAAGAGAAUCAAAUCUUGUCCAAUGCGACUGAUGAGCAAUCCAAGGCAUUCCCAGAAAUGGAAGAUGGUGAAGAGGAAGAUGAGGAUGAAGAGAUGACCGAUGAAAAGCAAAAAGAGGAGUUUGGAGAAGAAAAUAAGAAGAAGAAUGAGGAUGGCCAAGAUGCAGACUCUAAACCAAGCAUUUCAUCGAAAUUGGAUAAAAAGAUGCAUGAACAACAAGAUGAAGAUGAAGAAAUGGAAGACUUGGAUUUCAAUCCUCCAUCAAAGAAGGCAGAGUUUGUACAAACAAACUUUGAAAGUACCAUUCACACAAAACAAGAGACCAUGGAAGAGGAUAUUGACUUUGUAGAAGAAGAAAUGAAACCACUCACCAUGGAUGAUAUUAAGAGAAUGAGAGAAGAGCUUGAAACCUCUCUCAACGAUUGGAGAAAUAAUGAAGAUAAUGUCAAUAACUCAAAGGAGAUUUGGAAGAAAUUCGACAUGUUAACUUCCAGUCUCUCACAAGAAUUGUGUGAACAAUUGAGACUCAUUCUUGAACCAACACUUGCCACUAAACUCAAAGGAGACUACAAGACAGGUAAAAGAAUUAACAUGAAGAAGAUUAUUCCUUAUAUUGCCAGUCAAUUUAGAAAGGAUAAGAUUUGGCUUCGUAGAACUAAACCAAACAAGAGACAAUAUCAAAUUUUGCUUGCCAUUGAUGACUCCAAGUCCAUGGCUGACAAUCAUGCAGGUCAAAUGGCUUGUGAAGCGUUAACUUUAAUCUCUAGAGCUAUGGCUCAAUUAGAAGUCGGACAACUUGGUGUUGUUAGUUUUGGUGAAAAGAUGAAACUUCUUCAUCCAUUUGAAAAACCAUUUACCGAUGAAACUGGAGCUGAAAUUCUUUCUCAAUUUACAUUCAAACAAAACCAAACUCAAAUUGUAUCCUUCCUCUCAGAUACCAUUCAACUCAUGGAAAAUUACAAGUCUUUGGAAUUCUCUAACAACUCUGAACAAUAUCAACUUGCCUUUAUCAUUUCAGAUGGACGUAUGUUAGAAAGAGAUCGAAUUGUCAAGCUCGUACGAGAAGGACAAGAGAAGAAGAUUUUGUUUGUCUUUAUUCUUAUUGACAAUCCAAAUCCAAAAGAAUCCAUUCUCGAAGUGAAGAGUAUUAACUCGACCAAUGAUCCAAAACAACCUCUCACCUUCAGUUACUACAUUGAGAAAUUCCCAUUCCCUUACUACAUUAUUUUGAGAGAUAUUCAAACCCUUCCAGAAGUUCUUGCUGAUGCCUUACGACAAUACUUUGAAUUGAUUAAUUUAACAGCCGCAGAACAAGUGUAA